AUGGAGUUAGUUUUUCAAGACAAACAGGAGGGAGGCAAAAUACAUGCUUCCAUUCGACGUACUCUUAUUUACAAAUUUCAGAAUGAGAUAUCUGAAGGCAAGGUGUAUGGAAUCCAAAAUUUCAGCACUACUCCAAAUGGGGGAAUAUACCGAACAUCACACCAUCCUUAUAAGAUCAAUUUUCAGUUCGGAACAAAAGUUACUUUGCUUGAUGCGAAGUUGGUUCCAGAUAUCAAACAUGAUUACAUACCUUUGUCUGUAUUAUCUUCCAUUGAGUUUGACCAAGAUUAUUUAGUAAAUAUCUUAAGAGUACUGGUAGGGGUUGGAACUGAAAGAGAGCUGCAAGUAGAUGAAAAUAAAACAAAAUUGAAUGUCAUUGCCAUAGAAUCUGAUGGGUUUCGCAUUGAGUGUACUUUGUUUGGCACUUAUGUUGAUAAACUGAAUGGUUUUCUUUCCAUUGGAGAAGUACAAAAUGUUGUAAUAAGUAUAGAGUUUGCUAAAGUUAAAAGCUUUCAAGAUUCAACAACAUUUGUGUUGUUUGAUGGAGAUGCAACUGCCCUUAUAAACAAAGGUUGUGCAAAUAUAUUGCAGGGUCAUGAUAAGAAUUUUGUUUCUGAACAUUUGGCAAAGGAAUUUGCUGAACUGGUGGAUAAAAGUCUGUUAUUUAUAAUCGAGAGUAGGAAUGAUCAGACCUUUAAACUUGAAUAG